CCAGCCCCUACCCCCUACCCCUACCCCUAGUUGGACAACGGGAUGGGGCUGCUGAGUUCUGUGGUGUUUUUGCUGAUCUUUGUAUUCGAUAAAAAUUGUGGUGAGGUGUGCGAUAACGGCCGGUUGAAUAUUCAUGUAGACCUUCCAGACAAGAGUGCGUAUACGUGUCCCAGGGGACACUGGCCUUACCCAGUUCAGGUGUUUCCAAGCAUAACCACCCAAUAUGAACCAGAGAAAUCACACCGCAUCUGUAUGGACACUGAGAUAGCGUAUGCAACCCCAAUUCCCAACAGCGGUAUGCACCGUCCAAAAUGGGCCAGAUAUGGAGAAUAUGUGUAUUGCCCCCCACAGCGCUGGGUGCACAACCUUGAGCACGGAGGCGUUGUUUUCUUGUACCAUCCUUGUGUUCACCCCAAACUGAAGAAAGCUUUGUCCCAUGGAGCCCGCUCAUGCAUAUACAAGCACAUAAUCACCCCUCACAUGAACCUUUCAACUGAACGGCCUCUUGCUCUGGUCACUUGGGGCUCCACUCUGGAGAUGUCCCAUAUAGAUCUCUAUGAAGUUAAAAACUGGCUAAUGGCCAACAUGGGCAGGACUAGAGAGCAAGAGAUGAAAAUAGAUGGGUUGUAUCAGCACUUGCUUAUCCAGCCAGCAUCAGGGGUGUUUGAUGAUCACAACAAGAACAUUUGCCCAAGGGUUUGCUGCAAGCAAGUAAAAAGUGGUUUGAAAAGAAGAAGAAGGGACCCCGCAUCACUUGGUUCUGCCCUCAUAUUAACAAGUACUCCUAUUUAUAGUGCAGAAAUAAUGAACAGUACUGCAGUGUCAGUAGAGCAACCAGCAUUAGAUGCCAAUGAAAGCCAGCCUGUAAUCGCACACACAGUAUUGGGGACUGCUUUAUCAUCUUCAGAAUCUGACGUUAAAGUCCAUGUAACAUUAAUGCCUUCUAAUGUGUCACGUGAAAAAGAUGCCCUUGUGGAUCCUGGGGGAAGACAUUAUAUGGAGAGCAAUGCAUCUGGUGUACUACCCCUACAGAAAGAACCAACCUUUCUGGAUACUUCCAAAGGCUCCUCACCUGUACAAAGCAAGAACACAUCCAAAGAGCCAGGAGGCAGCCAGGUUGUCCCAUCACUAACUGUCACGCAAAAAGAAUCAGGGGCGUCUAGAACCCACAACAAAAGCAUAUCAGAAAAAACUACACUUGAGGGCCAGGACCCUGCAACCACCACCAAACAAAAACAAAAUACGGCUGAGUUUCCUGUGGGGCUUUUACCUGCUACUGCUCCCAAACCAACUGCUGAGCCUCCUGUAGGGCCUAUAUCUACUACUGAUACCAAACCAACUCCUGGGACUCCUGUAGGGCCUAUAUCUACCACUAUUGCUCCCAAACCAACUGCUGAGCCUCCUGUAGGGCCUAUAUCUACUACUGCUUCCAAACCAACUGCCGCCAUCAUAGAAGGCAAACAAGAGUGCAAUUGCAAGCAUGAACCAACAAAAGAGGCAUCAGCUGCAGCACAGAAGGCUUCUGGUUUGGAACAAAUGAAGGCUUCAGAUGUUUUUAUUUCUACCCCACGAACAGAGGAAGCAGCAUGGGCGGCUGCAUGCCUAACUUUCCUUUUUGUUUUGCUGACUUUGUCUGUUUUGUACACACAAAUCUACAAGAGGUUUCGCAAGAGCCAAAGUCUGUAUUGGCCGUCAGAAGGAAUCGCCACUGAGACAGAGACCGUGGCUUCUGUUAUCAAGAGGAGGCUGAUGUCAGGUCAUUCCAAAAGGAAGAAGUGGAUUAAACACAAGAAAACCCCAGUGCUGCUCUAUGAAAGUUUAAGUGAAAGCUCAGAGUAAAGGGUUCAUUUCUGGGAAGGUGCCCAUUCUGCACAAAAGCACUUUACGUUAUUGGGUGAACUGCACUCUGCACUCGAAAAGGGCAACUUAAUGGAGAAAUCCAGAAUGAAGUCUGCAAAAGAAACUAUAGAAAACAUUGGAUUUUAUUUCUCUCUAUCUCCAAAAAAUGAUCAUGCUUCACUUUUAGAGAGAUCCCAGGGAUCUACAGCUGUUUAUAAAAGAAUGACGGCAGCUUUAACAGAAGCCAAUGGCAAAGAGAAUGCAACGUUUCUGAACAGUACCUCAGAGUCCUGUCCAUCCCAGGCAGAACCCUCAUUUUGUAUUGAUUGCCUUCACUUACAGUCUGCACCAUGCGAAGUCUGAGCCAAAUCAUUUCCCUUUGGAGCUUAUUUUCUCAGUGUGCAUUCUGCACCAAAUUGUACAUAUCUGUCCCUGCAUCUGUCCCUCUCAGCCAGUCAUUCAUAUCAGGUGCUCUGUGUGUGUUCUGCACAAUAUGGCAAAGAUCUGUAGCAUGCGGUUAUAUACAGCAGCCUAGAUUCUUUCUCUAUGUAGAGGUUUAGUAGAGCUAAAUUUGGGGUAAAUAAUUUUGAAUAUAUUUAUUUUUAUAUUGUUUGUAAAUGUAUUGUAACAUUACUUUUAUAUAAAAUAAAACCCACAGGUCUGUGCUAAGUUA